AUUUCCCGCGGGAGAGACACUGUAACGGGCACUGGCAGUCAUCCAAAAGUAAACAAUGUAUUAUACUUUGCACGGGAAUCAGGAAAUCAUUUUCCAAAUCAUUGAACUUUCGUAACUUCCUCCUUGCUGCACAAUGGCCAUCCAAAAUGUAUAAGAAGGUCUCGUUUCUCCAUCGAGUAUCUUCAGUCACUUCCUAGGAAUUUUCAACUCGCUGCUGUACAGAAAUGUUGGGCGUCCGGAUUAGAUUGAUGCUGACGGUUGGCGUCUUAGUCUUCGCUUCCUUUUACGACUCGUGUCUCUCCGAUACACAAAUGGCAACCGAUCGAUUUGUUGACGAUCUUACAAUAGUCGAAUUACCUGAAGCCGGAAUGAAGUACAGCGGGGACAACAAGAUGGGCCAUCAGCAGCAGUCAGUCGAGCGGAAAUCUCGCCGGAUUAAGCGAUCCUCUUGGUCUUUGCCACCCAACACUAGCACCAGAUUUUUGUUUGAUCUCAUCCAUCCCAUCACUCCUCUCAACAACACUUUCAGUGCUUUGACUUUAAAUUUGCUUUACCGCUUUGUUUUACCCACCUACAAAGACCUCAACAACCUGUACAGCACGCUAGGCAGGCUGGAUACCAACAAUCUCGAGGGAGAAAUGGACGAAAAUCAAAUAGAUUUCGAAUUCUUUGAAGAACAAAGAGCCAAUCACGAAAGACGAUCUGUCUAUCAGCACGCUCAAGGCGUCUUUGAAGAUUUAGGAUUUGAUGGCCAGACAUGUUUACUUCGUGCUCUAUGUGAAAUGGCCGAAGCUCCGCUAGCCCAUCAUGGGCUUUUAGGCAAAAUCAUCGAUUUGAUAUUCACGCCAAGUGUGUUGAAAGUACCAAAAUCAAUGGAGCCUUACCUCAGUGGCAACCGGAUCCGAAGAGAUGCGACAAACAUUCCGGAAUUGGAAGUGCUCCAGAAACCAGUGGAAGAUGAUUACACUGACGCCUAUCGUGCCGGUAAAGAAGGAAAAUGCUGGACACGUUACUACACUUGCCCAGUAUCUAUUUUCAAACUCGUUAACAUGUUUUGAAAGGAACAUCACACAAUAUUUAUGUUAAUUUUUGCCAAUCAACGUUACAAACAAAAUCAAAAACCAAAAUCAAAAACAAAUCUAAAUCAAACAUUUUCAUGUUCCAAUUAUGCUAAUGUCUAUUUAUUUCUUAAUAAUAUUAAUAAAGAAAUUUUAAACUAGAUACUUUUCUGAUUUCUCUUAUACAUGACAUCAAUUAAUUUAAUCAGCGGAGACAUUAUAAAUGCAACGUCACUUCUGAUUUUUCAAAAAUAAA